UAGUUAGUUUGGCUAUGUAGGCACCCUGUAGAUGUAUGACCAAUGCAUAAUUAUUGAACAGCCUGCUUCUGAACAAAAUAUUUGAUUUUCCUUGUUGAAGUGAGAGCUUAAUAACUGUGUAACUGUGGUUGUGGCAACUUAGUUAGUUGUUGUAAAUCCCCGUGAUUAUGGAUUCUAUUUAUCUUUUCUUUUUUUUUUUAAAUUUUUCUCUCUCAAAACCCUAGGCUACCGUGCUAUGUCAAUUGUCUUUCCGACUGGAGCUGUCUGCAUGUGAUUCAAGGAUAUCGAAAUAAAUUUGAAAUGGCUUCUUAUCCUCUAACAAAUAAUUAGUAUAUCAAGAUUGAUGUCUAAAGCUUUCAUUAUCCCUAAGCUUGUAGGUGAUGAACAUGGAACUACUAUUCUCGCAUGGGACCACCUUUAGAUGUAGAUACCUUAGCCAUUUUUUUAUUUUUGACACCUGUAGAUACCUUAGCCAUAGACUUGAACUUGAUUCUUCAAGUAUGUUUUAUAUCCUCCUUGUCUUUUCUUGAUCUAACAGGAUAUGUCAAAGUCUUGUAAGGGCCUUGCUAUGGAGCUGGUAAAAUGCCUUAGCGAAUCAGAUUGUGUUAGGGUGGAGAAGCGAUCCUAUAGGGAAUGUGCUGGAGAGAAGAGCCCAUCAAUAUCAAGUGAGUGUGUGGGACUAAGGGAAACUUAUUUUAAUUGCAAGAGAGGACAGGUAUGUUCUAUUUUCUCUGCGUUUAGCAUGCAACAGGAUUGUUUUGUUUCUAAUUGGUUUGCGUCAUAUAUGUAAAAGUUGAUGAAAUGAAGGCUCGUAGAUAUUUCAGCUUAUUUCGCUAAUAGGUUUGUUCAUGGGUUGUUUAAUUGCGGUUUGUUUUUAUUGAAAAGCAUAAAUUGAAGUGAACUGUUUGACAAUUUGUUAAACAAAAAUCGAACUACAUUUUGUUUGUGAACAACCAUGGUUAACCAAACCAAAUUAGUUACAAAUAAAAAAAUUACAUUUAAUUUUAUCAUGCUUUGCAUGCCAAUAUUAACCAAUUAACUUUAAAAUUUUAACAAUUUCUAAACAAAAGGUCAUCAUGUAGUAUAUAAUAUGAAAUUUUUUAAAAUAAACUUAGUUACAAAAACAUUAACAAAAUUGUAUAAAAAAUUAAAAUAUUCUAAACUUUAAAUUAAAAACCUGGACAAACUAUAGUUUCAAUAAAAUCUUUUUUUUCUGUACAGUUAGCUAUUUUGAGGUUUCCUACCUAGAUGAUAGAAUAAUUUUGUUACUUUAAAGACCGCAUAAGUUGUGAAUGACUUUAUUGAUCUCUUGUAAAGAGAAUUGAAAAAUUCCAUCAUUAUUUUUUGUCAUUCUAUCAAAUAACAAAAUUUGCAAAAUAGAUCAGUGUCUAUAAUAUAUUAAAACUCAAUAAAUCACAUUCAUUUCUUUAUUAAUGAUUGUAAAAGAAUAUUGAAUAGAAAUUAUCUCAUUCAUUUCUCCUAGCUGAUACAAUUAUGAGAUUUUAGAAAAAGUUGGGGAGGAUGAUGAUGACUGCCAGUUCUAGAGGGACUACAUUGGUGUGCUGUUGAUGGGCGGUUUAAAGAGGAGGAACAAAGCAGCCUGAGCUUUUGUGUUGGACAAGGCUCUUGAUUUUAAUACUUAAGGCCUCUCUGUUCUUUUUUUCUUUAAAAAAAAUUCAGAACUGCUGAAACUAUAUUAAGGAUGACUUAUUGAAGGCAGUUGAGGAAUUCCAUUUUAAUGUUGAGAUUGGGAAACUGUUCUCUGAGAUUGGAGUCGGUGCUGAGCGAUACUAUUUAUAUUACCUGGGGUUUUUUGUAUAAGGUAUGAUGAGAGAAAGCUUUGGUGAAAGUAGGUGGAGAUGGACAAGAGGAUGUCUGUGCCUGGGGUGUGGGGAGUCUACAACUUGGUUUCAUGGGUAGAAGAAGGUGAGGGAAGGGAUCCCUAUUUCUCUGUCGCUUUCUACGCUGGUGGUGGAUGUCCAUAAUCUUAUGUCAUCUCGAGGGUCUGAGAGAGGGUUUUUGUGAGGCCUGAGUAUGGGAGAGGAAUGAUGGAAAUCUUCUAUCUCUAAUUAGAUGAUGACAUGAUUCCCUUUUUCUUAAAAAAAAUCUUGUGAUGCUAAUAUGUUCUCUAAUGCAGUUACCAUGUUGCACGAUUAUGAGCUUGUUUUGGGUUAUGCAUUUGAACUCAAGAAGAAUAGUUUUAGUUGGUAUUAAUGCGGAGGAUCAGACUGUUAGAGAGUUUGAUUGAGUCAGUUGGGUGUAAUAUUUUGUCCGAACUCACUAUCAACUUGUAUCCCUUUGGGGAAUCCUUUUCUUGUUUCCAUAUUGGAUCUUGUGCUCUGUAGGGUUUUUCAAGCA